GAUCCCAAAAGAAAAUCGCGGAAUCCGCCCCAUCUUCUCGACGCAGCGCCAAUGCAUUCGUUGAAUGCCGCGUUUGCCACCUCCCUGAGCGUCGACAAUGCAGCAAUUGGGCCUUGUCAACGAACCUCGCUUCCGGACCCGACGAUCUGGUACCACCACCCCCCGAUUCGUUGUUUCUCGCCGAGAAUUCCGUGAUCGAGAGAGUCGAGGCGAGACUGAGAGCACCGGCCAACAACGCUUGCCGACCGUGACCCGUCUCUGAGACGCUGCCUGAGCAGCGACAUGUUCCAAGAUCCCAUCAUGCACCAACCGAGUGGCGCCGCUCAUCAGCCCGCUGGACACGCUGGACCCGACCUCGACCUCAUUUUCGACCUUGCGCCCCUCUCCGUGCUCAUCCUCUCGCCGGCCUGGCGCAUACGGAGAGCCUCGUCUCGCUUCCUCUCGGUGUGGCGCGUCGCCGCAGAAGACUGCCUCGGCCAGGAGUUGCUUCCCUUUCUCGAGAGGAAGUUCCAACCCCCGCGACCAGCACACCUCGCCCACCUCACCUCCAUCAUCGACGACGCCAUUGCCAGCCGCGCCGAGCGCACCACCCACCCCAUCAACGCAAGCGCCGCCGUCUCGUGGAAAAUUCGCGUGAUCCCCGUCUUCAACCGCGAUGAGCUGGUGUCCCUAGUUCUCGAGUGGCACGAUGGCCCUCGAAGUACCCUUCCUGAGAUUGACCAGAAGGAAGAGUUGGUCAAGCCCGGCCUCUCGACCGACGAAGCCUUCCGCAUCCUAGUUCAGGCGGUCAAGGAUUACGCCAUCUUCUUGCUUGACACAAAGGGUCACAUCGUGACUUGGAACACGGGCGCCGAGUUGCUCAAGGGCUACAAGCGAGAAGACAUCAUUGGCAAGCACUUCUCCGUCUUUUACGGCAAGGAGGAUCUCGACAUCAAGAAGCCGCAGAUGGAACUCGAGAUUUGCAUGCGCGAGGGUCGCGUCGAGGAUGAGGGCUGGCGCUACAGGAAGGACGGUAGUCGAUUCUGGGCCAAUGUCGUCAUCACGGCCGUCUACAAGGACGGCGUGCACGUUGGCUUCGGCAAGGUGACGCGCGAUCUGACCGAGCGCAAGUCGGCCGAGUCUCGCCUCAUCGCCGCCUACGAGGAGAGCGAGAAGCUCAAGUCGGAUUUCCUGGCCAACAUGAGUCAUGAAAUCCGCACGCCCAUGCACGGCAUGCUGUCGGCAUGCACCCUGCUGCUUGACACGCCGCUCUCGGCGAGGCAGCGCGACAUUGUCAACAUCAUGGACGAGUCCGGCCAGGUCUUGCUGCAAGUCAUCAACGACAUUCUCGACUACUCCAAGCUCGCUUCCGGCAGCUUCACCAUCAAUUCCGAUAUUGUUGGCAUCACGAGCAUCGUCACGUCCGUCGUCCGCGGUGUGCAGACCUCGCUGCCACCCUCGGUGCAUUUCGAGCUCUUCCUGGCGCCCGAACUUCCCAGGUCCGUGCAGGGCGAUCCCCUCCGGUACCGGCAGAUCCUGCAAAAUAUUGUGGGCAACGCCGCCAAAUUCACCGACAAGGGGAGCAUCCGAGUCAGAGCUUCGGUGCAGAGCGAGGACGAUGUCAGCUAUUUGGUUCUGACCGAGGUGACCGACACGGGCAUCGGCGUGCCGGAAUCGGCCCAAGCCAGCCUGUUCACGCCCUUUAUGCAGUUUGACACCACAACCACCAAACAGUACAAGGGCACCGGGCUGGGCUUAUCGAUUGCGAAGUCGCUCACCGAGCUGAUGGGCGGGAGGAUAGGGUACCGCCCGAAUCCCGAUCGACACGGCAGCGUCUUCUGGUUCACGGCGCGAUUCAAGAAGAUCAAGACCCUCGAGCAAAUGGCGAACUGGAAGAACACGUCCACAGCGGCCAGAAGCGAGAGGCAGUCGACGCCAGCCUUGGAUAGCGAGGUGGAGGAGUUGCAGAAGGAGCUGCGGAUUGUGUCGAGCAUCAAGAACCUGCUGGUGGUCGAGGACAAUUUGAUCAACCAGAAAGUCAUUCUCGGCAUGCUUCGAUCGCUGGGCUUCCGAAAUGUCGGCCUGGCAUCCAACGGCUUGGAGGCCGUCCGCAUGGUGCGCGGCAAGCCCGCUGCCUACGACGCCGUGCUCAUGGACGUCAGCAUGCCCGUCAUGGACGGCCAACAGGCGACCAAGGAGAUUCGCGCGGGCGGCGUGCUCGUGCCCAUCAUUGCCAUGACGGCGUACGCACUUAAGGGCGACCGAGAGCGCUGCCUCGAGUACGGAAUGAACGAUUAUAUUGCCAAGCCGGUCGACAAGAAACGCUUGAUUUCCGUCCUCGGCAAGUGGUUGUUGCGGACGACAGAUUACCGCAAGAAUUAUGAGCAGCGAUUAGCCGAGUUCCGGCGGCAGAAUCCGGUUUUGGUGCCCGCGACGCCAGGCGACGAGGCGAAGCAGUUUUUGUUUGACGUUACCAAUGGAGCCGGAACUCAGUCGGCCGAGGAGCCCAAGUCGGAACCUUCCCCGCUGAGGGCUGCCGAUGGUGCAGUCGCCGGAGGCUUGUCGAGCCAGGUGGCGAACCCGGCUGCCGAGUCGGUUGAAGACAGUCAAACUAUGCCAACGGGCACAGCAGCGACAGAAGGACCCAAUCGGACGGGCGAUCGUGGUCAGCAAAUUGAAGAGCCCACAUAUGAUCUCAAGACCCCGGAAUUCAAGACCUCGGAGAUAACACUCCCUCUCCCGGUCUUGGAGUCAAACCCGCAAGCCGGCGCUGUGGAGGAAGCGAAGGAUUUCACCGACAUUGCAUCUGAUGGACCCCGUCCUCCGACUGAUGGGCGGGCUGAGGAAUCCAGUCGUCACACCAAGGCUCCAGAGCUAACGCAGGAUCUCCCGGCCGAAACAUCGAGCCAGCAAGCCGGUACUGUCGGGGAAGCCAAUGGGAACUGCAACCUCGCGUCUGCUGAACCCCGUCUUCCGAUUGAUGAGCGGGUCGAGGAGCCCAACUGUGACAUCAAGACCGCAGAGAUGACGCAGGAUCUUCCGCCGGUAACGUCAAAGCAGCAAGCCAGUCCUGUUCAGGAAGCGAAGGAGAAGCCCGACACCGCGGCUGCGGGACCGCCACCUGCGCUGGUUCAGUGCUCCGUCCAACCGUCAGAUUCUCUUGGCAAGAACACGGCUUCCCAAUCUGUUGAUGUGUUGGAGCAACCUAGCCUGUUCCCUGAAUGAGGAUGGUGCUCUCGGUCUGUUUUAGAUGCGGCCUCCAGGCUGGCCACUGGCGCUGGGGUUCUUUGCGACGGCGUUGCGCCUGUCGUAGCUAGGGGUGGCACGGUCACCGCAUUGUUUUGUCGUUUGGUUCUUUUCCUAAUUCGUUUGGGAUCUCCUUUAGAUGUGAGUGUUUGCAGAUACCCGAUGAUACUUUGCUAUUUCACAGAGCACAUGAGGAUUCGGUUGCUCAAUCAGGUAUAAUGGCAAUGGGCGGGACGCAGAGAUGGAGUUGGAUGGCCAAGUUUAGUGACAGCAUGGGGCAAAGCGCACAAUACACAGUCAUCAAUGACCUGUCUAUCUGAGGCAA